UUUACCAGCAUUGCCAUCACAGAAUAUGAGCGAUCCAGUGGGCAUUGCAGACAUCAUGGCCGGCCGCGUUGGCGCCGUCCGCGCGGCAGCUGAGGCACUCAUCUUCGAGCUAGGCAGCUUGGGGAGUCGAGCGUCGGACGAUGGCGAAGCCAACGCGACUUCGAUCGCGACGUCGCUCAAGGGAAAGGUCGACCGCGUACAGUCGAACCUGGCGAUUUUGAAAAAGUUGAGCGUCGAGUUCGAGGACAAGACCAAGAACAUUGAGAAAGUGACCCAGGCGCAGCGCAAUCUCAUGUUCGAGUACUACUGGAAGCUCCAGGUGCGCGAGUUGGCGGGCAAGGGAGCGAACGUGUGGCUGUCUCAAAUGACAACGUGGUUCCCACGCAUGGAGUACCUAUCCUCCCAUGCAUCUGCGCUGGCCCCCGCUGGGUACGCCACGCAUCCCAUCGACAAGGUCAAGGCCCCCAUGAAGGUGAACGACCGCUUCACGCCCAAGUCAUCGAAACGUGCGCGGUCCAUCGUGUUCGACGAGCAGGGCGAUCUCCAGCCCGCCGACUUGGGGCAGAUGAUGGAGUACAUCAUGAAGCGCAACAAAGCGGCCAAGUUCUGGAAGCAGACCGAGACCACCCGCGGCGGGCGCAAGGUAAUCACUUCCAUCACGUGUCAUCUGCACAACGAGCUGGUGGUGCACAUGAGUUUCUGCCCGCACAUCCCCGAGGACGGCCCCAAGGACGGCGACGUGUCGGCGAGCCCCAUGACGCCAUCGACGCCCAACUCGCCGGCGUUCGGCAUGAACCGGGGGCUGCGGGCCAAGCGGCGGCAGGCUAGUCUCAAGGCGAAGAAGGUGAUGCGCAAAUCGAAACGCGACGAUCUGCUCGCCAAAGUGAAGAUGGCGGCGGAAGAAGCCACCAAAAUCGAGCAGGAAGAGCUCCGCAAGCUCAUUCUGGACGCCAAAGAGAGCGGCAAGGAGCAGGAAACCGCGCGCGCCGCCGGCCUCCAAGUGACCAAGUUCAUCCAGCGCAUCAGCAUCUUUCCGCUCAACGAACCGGCGCCGCUCGGGGCCUGGUCCGAGUCCAAGCACAAACUAUUUGAGCAGAUCACGCUGCAUGCUCGCCAGGCCCUGAGUUAUCUGCGCGUGCACUACCCCGACACGUGCUUUUACCACUUUUUUACGUGGAUGAGCUACUUUGACAAAGUGUACCAAACCCCGUGCAACGCGUGCAAGAAAAUCCUGGCCAAGACGGCGGACGACAGCACGUACGUGCCGCCUGCGUUCCGAGACUAUUCGACUGGCCUGGCGUACCACUCGAAUUGCAUGUAGUUUUACUAUCCAUCGAUCCGAUAGCAUAUGCAAGAUAUUAUCGACGGCAACUAUUAACAGAUUGAACAUGGAUCAAAAUAUGAAAGUCAGUUGAAUUGCGAA